AUGUCUGUUGCUGAUGUUGCAUUAACCCCAAUUCAAAGAGGAUUAGGGUUUUCGUUUGCUCACUACUCAGUCAAAUCGAUUUUGGUGUUCCUUCGUAUUUCUGAUUCUACCACCAUGCCUAUGCUCAUCCUCGACUCCGAUUCAAUCGCCGAUCUCAAACUCAAGAUCCAGACCGUAUGCAAUGAGUUUCGCGUUACCAGGCAGAGACUCGUCUUCUGCGGUAGAGAGCUCGCCAGAAACGCGUCUCGUGCCAGGGACUACGGCGUCACAGAUAAUAGCGUCUUGCAUUUGGUGCUUAAGAAGCUCUGUGACCCUCUCCUCGUCACUGUCGUCACUGCCUGCGGUAAAGCCUUUGACUUCCAUGUGGAUCGCCGUAGGGACGUUGGGUAUCUCAAGAAGCGGAUCUCCAAAGAAGGUAACAAAGGGUUUCUUGAUGUUGAUGAUCAAGAGAUCUUCUUUAGAGGGGAGAAGCUUGAUGAUAACAGAGUCUUAGGUGGGAUUUGCAAAGAUGGAAACUCUGUUAUCCACUUGCUGCUUAAGAAGACGGUGAAAGACUUCUUGUUAGAACCUCUGCUUCUCAAUCCCGCUGUGAAGUUGCCUCAGGCUAUCGAGGAUAUGAUUGGCCGGACGGUUGAUGGGUUAAACAAAGGUAAUCCACCUGUGAGAUCAGCUGAGGGAACGGGAGGGACCUACUUGAUGCAAGAUUCUACCGGUCUGAGCUACGUGUCUGUCUUCAAGCCCAUGGACGAGGAACCUAUGGCUGUCAACAAUCCUCAGCAGCUUCCUUUCUCAUCUGACGGUCAGGGACUGAAGAGAGGUACUAGAGUGGGAGAAGGGGCUAUUAGAGAAGUUGCAGCUUACUUGUUAGAUCAUCCUAAAAGCGGACCCCGUUCACAAGUUAAGGGUUUUGCUGGAGUGCCACCAACCGCUAUGGUAAGAAGCUUUCACAAAGUGUAUAAUAACCCAAAGGGAGUCAGCAGUUGUUGUACAAAAGAUGCCAAAGUUGGUUCUUUGCAAAUGUUCAUGAAGAACGAUGGGAGCUGCGAAGACAUUGGCCCUGGAUCUUUUCCUGUGGAACAAGUGCAUAAGAUAAGCGUCUUUGACAUCAGAAUGGCAAACGCUGACCGACAUGCCGGAAACAUAUUGACCGGGAAAGGCGAAGACAGCAGAACCGUUCUAAUCCCAAUUGAUCAUGGCUACUGCUUGCCUGAGAAUUUUGAAGAUUGCACGUUCGAGUGGCUUUACUGGCCGCAAGCAAAAGUCCCCUUUUCUGAAGACACUCUUGACUACAUAGACUCGCUAGACGCUGAACAAGACAUUGCGCUUUUGCAACUCAACGGUUGGGACGUCCCUGAAGCUGUCGCACGCACGCUGCGUAUCUCCACGAUGCUUCUUAAGAAAGGCGUUGAGAGAAACCUAACGCCGUAUCAAAUUGGAAGCAUGAUGUGCAGAGAAACGGUGAACAAAGACUCUGCUAUUGAAGAGAUAGUGAGAGAAGCUCAUAACUCGGUGUUACCUGCUUCAAGCGAGGCGACGUUCCUUGAAGCUGUCUCUAUGGCCAUGGAACGUCGUCUGGAUGAGCUAAUUAAGUAAACUUUUCAAAGUACAUAGUAAAGUAUGGUGUUCUUGUAUGUAAUCUAUGUAUGUUUAUGGUUGAGAAAAACGUUGAUAGGCUCUUCAUGGAUAAUUUUUUUCUUCCAUGAACGAAGCCUUUUAAGCUUUUGUGUUGGCUAUCCUAAAGCUUAAUAAAUAAAACCGUUUGAGUGUAUUA